AGUAACUACUCAUUCUACCAGCUCUCUUUGUUUGCAACGUGCACGUUCAACUUCCUUCUGUGAUACCCUUUAAUGUCGAUUUAAUUAAUUUAUUUUUAUAUAUACUCAAAUAAUUGUUAGUUCUUAAAAAGAAAAAAAGGACGUUUUGUUCCUACUGUAUUUUUAUGAGUUACAUUAUGUUUAAUUUACUUAACUUUUCUCGUGACAAAUAGUGUAAGUUGUUGUUUAUAUUGUGAAAUAUGAAGAUUGAAUGUUCUCAAUCAUUAAGUUUCAUUGCUGCGGUGCACGGGUUUCCAAAAUAAUUCCCGUUUACGUUACGUGUACAAAAUGGAAACGGAAGAAUAUGAUAAUCCUAAGGAAAUAAGAGCAACAUUAGAAACAUAUAAGAAAUUAGCAGAUGAUUUUUCUAACCAUGACACAAUCUUAAAGGAUAAAACGGUGUUGUCCUACAUAGCAUAUAUUCUUGAAGUACCUUAUUUAGAUAUUAUUAAUCUCUCAUUAGAUAUUUUGGAAUUGUUUAUUAAAAAUGCUGAUAAUUAUUUACACAUAACCUCUACUUUUGGAAUAAGGGAAGCCUUAGAUGCUGUUGUAAACAGAUUUAUAUUGAGCGAACCAGAAAUAUCUAAAAGGGCGCAACAUCUAAAAGAUAACAUAGAACGUAUGAAACCACCCAUAUAUAAUUUACGCAGUAGAUGCAGAAUCAUCGAAAGAAAGAAAUUAAAAACCCAUGUAAUUGUAUUACAUGUUCAAGGUUUAUUACCGGAGACUAGAUCUGAAUUGGAAUCAACAUUGAUCAAAAUUGAGGGAUUGAUAUCUCUUGUGAUAGAUGUUGAACAUCAACGUGUUACUAUGCGUACAUUGAAUAAUGUUACCGCUAAACAAAUUGCUGAAGCUAUACAAGAAAAUUUAGACAACAUGGAGGCAUGGCUAGUUACAAAAAAUAAAUUCAAUCAAGAAUUUCUAGUUAGACUGACCCAUAAAGAAGAUACAGAUGACAUUGAAAAUAUGCCAGAAUACUUACCGGAAGAAGAAGAGCAAGAAGAUGGAAAAGAAGGAGUCGUAUCUUUAUUUAGUGGCUUAAGACAAAGUGCUUCGUCGUUAUACAAAUCUACGGCAGAAUUUCUUCAUAAUUCCUUUUAUUGGUAAAUCAUUAUUGAUAAAUUAAUUAAUCAGUUCGAAUCAUGUUCGAAAAUGUUCUGCAAAUAAGAACAUAUUUAAUGGAUCUUUUCAUUUAUAUGACUAAAGACUUUUAAAUCAAUUGUAAUUAUUUAUUUAUGAUCUAAAUAUCACUUUUUAUGGAUAUUUUUGUUCUCUUUAAAUUUUUGUUUCUCUUUAUAAGAGUAUAGCAUUAUAAAUAUUGUAAAGAUAACAAAAAGUCUCAUGCAUGUACCUAUUUACCAAGUUCAUAUUUGAACUAUAAUGUACAUACAUCUCGAAUUAUCUCGAAUUUUCUUAAAGAAAGAUGUGUUGUAAGUUAUGUAGAGUUAUAUGCGAUCAAAAACAAUUAAAUCUUUUAAGCUUAUUACAUUUACUUAUUUACUUAAUUUAUACUGCGUAUGACUUCUUAAAAAUAAUAUACUAUACAUCAACGUAUUAAUUAUCAAUUUUAGUUAACAAUUUCAAACUAUAUUUUAAUGUCUCAAAAUUAUACAAAUUAUAUUUUAAAUGUUUCAAAAGUAUACAUGUAUCGUUGUUAAAUGUUAUAAAAAAGAUUCGUAAAGAGAAUGGAUAUUAUGAAUAUAAAAAAUGUGUUAUUUAGAAUAAAAUAUAAUGAUGCAUUGUUCGAUAAUUAUCGUUUUCUCUAUUUUUUUUUCUUUUUUUUUUUUUCUUUAUCUUCUUUUUCUUUUUUUCAUAUCAACAGAUAAAAAUAUUAAAAAUUUCCCUAAAUAGAAAGAGCGAGACAAUGACGAUGAUUCUAUAAAUGUUUAGGAGAAUUGUUAAUUGCAAAAUACAAACUACCGUUGUAUUUUUUAUAUAGAUAUAAAAAAAAAAUCCUUUCGUUUCUCAGGUACUUUUUGCAAUAUUCUUAUAGUCAUAUUGGAUAUAUAAUAUUCUAAGUUAAUACGUAUAAUGUAUAUGUACCAUAUAAUGAUAUACUUAAAAAUGUUUAAAUUAAUGUUAGUUUAAUAAAAUAGUAAUUAAAUCACAAAGUCACGCAUGUUAGGCCGUAUUAAUGAACUUUAUUAUACAUAACAUUAAUUUUUGUGUAGCAUUUUUCUAUUAUCAAAGAAUAAUAGACUUAAUCAAAUUAGCUGCCAAUGCAUGGAAAGGGAUAAUGUACACACUCACAUGUGUGUAGGUAUCAGCAUAAAUAUGUUGAAUACAACAUAUAUAAUUCUUAUACAAAGUAUACCUCUACACACUUUAUAAAUCAUCUUAAUCAAUUGAGCACAUCAAUACAUUGCCUAUUAUUUUAAAGUACUAUUCUUUUAAAUCUACAUUGUAUUGUCCAUAUUUACAGACAUAUAAUAAUUGUCAUUAAGGCAAUCUGAGUUUCAAAGCAGGUACAAUAGAUGGAUGCGAAAUAUUACGUUGUAAAAUAUAGAGUAAACUAUAUUUUACAGUCAGACGCGUAUAAGAGAGCUGCGUAAUAAUUUCAUUGCUUGUAAUUUGACAGAAUGAGUAUAUCGUCAGAAUACAAUUAAACGCUAUCAUCAAAAUUUGUUUCUGAACUCAGAUUUUAUGACUUUUAUAUUUUUCUAUAUAAAAUGAUUUAUUUAAAUGGUAAGCUAGACUAAAAUGACGGAUUUCAAUAUUUUAUAUAUAUAUACAUAUAUAUAUUAUAUAUACAUAUAUAUAUAUAUAUAUAUAAGAAUCAUUAUUUCGUUCUAACGAUGAUCUAAUGACUAAAAAUUAGGAAAAAUGCAUGAAUUAUCUGCUUUGGGAAACAGAAUGAGUAUAAACAAUUAAGUACAAUGUGUGUGUGUGUAUGUGUGUGUGUGUGUAUUUGUGUGCGUAUAUAUAUAUAUCUAAUAUUGAAUAUGUCACCCGCGCGUUAUAUCUCUAAUGACAAUUGUACAUAUAUAUUGCUUUUAUCAGCUCUUAUUUAUUCUCUCUUUUUAUAUUUAUCUCUUUUUUUUCCAUUUUAUAUUGGUGUUUCUUUAAAUUUAGAAUCAUGUAAGAACAUAUACCUAGAACUUCGAUUAUCCGAAACUACUACGGGAUUGAUUUCUUUUAAAUGAAGCAUUUUUUCGGAUAAUCAAAUUCAAUGACAAUACUCAACUUUAUCAUGUUAUUGCAUUUAUAAAGGAAAUCAUUUUUUCAAUCAUUAUUUUAAAAAAAUUGAAAAUAUACGAAUAUUUUAAUUAAAUUAAUAAUAAUACUUUAUUAUAAGUUCUUUUCAAUUUGUUUAUACACUUAAAUGUAAUAUUUCGAAUAAUCAAAAUUCUAUUAGAUGCCAUAUUAUGUUUCAGGAAUUAUUUUGAAAGACUAUAUUUCAUAUAUCUCUAUAUAUAUAUAUAUAUAUAGCAACUAUC